AUGAGCCGUCGCGCGAUAGAUCCGCACUUUGGAUCCUACGUGCAUCUCCGCGAUGUUCCGCGGCAGACCACGGCUUUGCUCUUGUUGAAGAAGCUCGCCUCGGUCGUCACACCAAUCAUGCGGAAGCGGGAUUGGAAAGUCGGAGAGCUUGCCGAGUUCUUGCCUCCGCAGUUGAACCUCUUGGGCUUGAAUGUCAACUGCGGGCAAAAAAUAUUCAUCCGCCUCAGAUAUGGCCACGAUCCAAAGCAAUUCAUUGCUUACGACACUGUAGUAGACACCUUACUGCAUGAGCUCGCUCACAUCAGUUGUGGCCCGCAUGACGCGCGCUUCUACAAGCUCUGGGAUGAGCUACGCGAAGAAUAUUACGCGCUGAAGCGACAAGGCUAUACAGGGGACGGCUUCCUAUCCGUUGGCCACAGAGUCGGUGGUAAAGCAGUCCCACUUUCCGAAGUUCGACGACAGGCCCGCGUCUCCGCCGAGAAGCGGAAGACUCUGUCUGCCGGCUCUGGCCAGAAACUCGGUGGUUCGAGGGUUCCGCGUGGUUCGGAUAUGCGCAGUGUCAUGGCAGAUGCGGCAGAACGCAGGAAAAAAAUCACUCAGGGUUGUGGAUCCGGGGACCACGCGAUGGAGCAGAAGGUUGAGGAGGAAGCGCGAAGAUUGGGGUUUAGGACAAAGGCUGAGAUGGACGAUGCUGACAGACUCGCCACUGCCAUUGCCAUGAUGGAAGGCGACAGGGAUGCACACCGGCAGGAGAUGCAGGCUCUUGGUGCUUCUCAGGAAGGUCUCACUUGGUCACCGGAGAGAGGGCUCGAGAUGGCUACGCCCCAGCAAUCGACCGGGGUUCAAAACGGGAACGCGACCUCGGCGACGUCGAUCAAGCCAGUUCCUACUCCCACACAUCCUGCAGCAUCUAGCUCCUCUGCCUCUGCUCCCCGUUCAGGCCGCCCGGCUUCGCGACUUGUGACCGAGGAUGCUUCAAGGACACUGAACGGGAGCAGGCCCGAAGUUAUCGAUCUCACUGGAGAUUCUGCUAAGCGAGACACGACCGCCCAUGAUUCUACAUGGACUUGCGAAAUCUCCGCAUCCGAUCACGCAUCAGGGUCAUCGUCACUGGAGGAUCGGAAAGGGAGUCGUCUGUGGGAAUGA